GUCUCCAAGUACAACUGUUGUGUGGAAGCGGAAAGCAAAUCAUUGCUGAAGAGAAAAAAACGUUUGUGCGUGCUUAUGGAAUACAUGAAUUCGCGCUUUUGAUUUCACCAGCUCGUUUUUUCCGUCUUCGUGAAGCGUAAGGGAUGGUGCACAUUUUGGUUCCGUGACCUGUCAGCUGGAUCAGGUUGUGUUGGAUGGAUGUGGCACGAAUUGGAAGGUUACACAUUUUCCAUUGUCUGAAAUGCACUCAACGGGAAUGACAUUUCUAUGACAAAUUUCUCUUUUGUGCGUUUUUCUGAGCAAUGGAGUGAGGCGAGGGCGCACGGAGAGCUGGUUAAAAGGGACUUUAUAUUUUUAAUUCACUUCACAUAGACUGAUGGAAACUCUACGUGGUAACAUAUGUCUGUACUGUAAUGUGCACUCUUCAUCUAAUAUUUAAUGCCAGUUUGGAUUUUACCUGUUGGAUAUCUGCAUGUCUAGGAUGGCUCGCUUUGGAGACGAUCUGUCCACCCGCUAUGGAGGUCCAGCGUGCGCCGGGAGAGGGGGAGCCCGGGCAGGAGGUCCCUCGGGCGGUCAAAGAAUGUACAAACAGUCGAUGGCUCAAAGAGCCAGGACAAUGGCUUUAUAUAAUCCUAAACAAACCAAACAGAACUGCUUCUCUGUCAACCGCUCUUUGUUCAUCUUCAGUGAGGACAAUAUCAUCAGGAAAUACGCCAAAAGAAUAACCGAGUGGCCUCCAUUUGAGUACCUUAUCCUCACUACCAUCAUUGCCAACUGCAUCGUACUGGCCCUCGAACAGCAUCUCCCUGCCAUGGACAAGACCCCCAUGUCUGAACGCCUGGACGACACAGAGCCCUACUUUAUCGGAAUAUUCUGUUUCGAAGCCGGCAUUAAGAUCAUCGCCUUGGGCUUUGUGUUUCACAAAGGCUCUUACCUACGCAACGGCUGGAACGUAAUGGACUUUGUGGUUGUUCUGACAGGUAUAUUCAUUGUGAAUGGCAUCGCCAUUUCCAUACCCAGACAUUGUGCUGUUAUUACCAUUGCCCACUGUUACCUCGACAACAGCAGUCUGGCCUCUGCUGUCCUCAGGAAACCUGGCUAUCGUCAUGUCAUUGUCUUUGCAGAUGAAGGGAAGGAAGUUCUGGUCACUUGA